CGCGGGGAUCCAAAAAAGUCGUACAUGCGGGAGAUAGAGAUGACCGAUGAUGUUCCACACGUAAAAAGUGAUAACAGCUGGAUCGAACGCAUAACGAUUUACCAAUGCCCGUUGGAAGAAGUGCCGGAAUUUGGCGGUUUUGUCACUCCAGUAAGGAACUUUCCUCUUUAUCGUGGGAAACAGGAGGAGAAUGAAAUUUCAUCAGAGCAAAGACUCAGUGGCUACUUUAAGGAUGGUGAUGUUGGCCUGAAUGCGGGUAAAAAGGCUGUCUGUAAACAGGUUGAAAGAUGUGUUGAUGCCAGAGACUGGUUCGGAACGAGUGAUUGUGGGCCUCGAAUGUGUUUUUUUGCACAAAACGUUGGAACAACUGAAGUGGGCAAUGGAAACAUCAUCAUAUAUCCUCUGAAUGACGUGGAGGAAGACGAGGUCGAUGAAAGCCAUCUUCACUUGUAUGCCAGCAUGCCCCGGAAGGCUGUUGUCAAUAUGACCGUUCGGGUCUACGUUGUCAGGUGCUUUCUUUGCAUCCAUCCUAUUCUACCCAUUCUACCCAACAAGGGCUUAGAUUUGCAUCCAACGGACCUGAACGGGAAAGCAGAUCCCUUUCUAAUAUUGACAUUGGGUAGUCAAGAAAUGAACGACAAGUCGAACUACAAACCACGAACUCUGAUGCCCAUUUUCGGUCGGAUGUUUGAGUUUAACGCCCAUUUCCCGAUGGAGUCAAUACUGCGCAUUCAGGUGUGUCAUUUCCGAAUCGGCAAAUUGAGCUAUUCUUUUUUAAUUGUCAUGGGACUGCUUUGUUUGUGUACAUAUGUGGUGCAAUCGGGCGUUUUUUGCUACAAGUGUAAAAUGAGAAUGACUCUAAUUGCAUCAGGCACACGUGAAGAGUUACUCGUAAUGUGUGAUAUUUCAAAUAAUUAUUUGGGGCUAUUAUGUGUCUUGACCACAGGAUAUGAUUGA